AUGUCUAAUGCCACGCGGGAACUGCGUCCUCUGUAUAAAAAGUUGCUGCGCUUGGCGCAAAAUCUUCCACAGUCCAAGCGGCAGUCGUCAAUCGACCAGAUCCGCCGUGAAUUUCGCUGUCAUGAAGACUUGACGGACCCCAAGGAAGUGUCUGAAUUUAUACAACGCGCACAAUCUUCGCUUAGCUACCUUAAGAUCAUUACGCCGCGCACUGAGUCGAAUACAGGAGUACAGCGCUUCAUCUACCGGAAUGGCCAGCGCGUCAACGCGGCUGAUUUUGAGAAAAAGGGAAAUGAAAACGCUCGCUGGAAGACACAGGAUAUGGAAGCGGGCUAUAAGCGCCACCAUCAGCUGUUGCGUCGUCAGUAUUUUAUGGAUCGCAAGAGCGGUCCGCCACGCCCUAUCUUCUAG